GCGACUGGGAGUUCAAACUUGAAUUGCGCCGACGAACAAGAUGAACCGCGGAAGUAAGCUGUAUGUGGGCACGGGCGAGACGACGGAAUGGGAAGACAUCCUGAUCAAGAAGGGCAUCAUUGCACCCAAGACCAAGGUGACCGAGGAAGAAGACUACGAAAGCGAAGACGACGUCGAUCCCCGCGAGGACGCGACACUGGACGAGCUCGAUGAAAUGGAGGACGAGUACGAUGAAGACCAAGCGCUGCAACGCAUUCGGGACAAGCGCAUUGCCGAGAUGAAGGCACAAAUGGCGCGCAACGUGUUCGGCGACAUUCAGCCCAUUUCCAAGGACGAAUGGACCCGUGAAGUCACGGAAGCGAGCAAGGGUAGCUGGGUCGUCGCAUACCUGUGGGAGAACAGCGUCGAAGCAUGCAAAUUGAUGGACCAAAUCCUGCGUGUGAUCGCCGGUCGUCACCGUGACGUCAAGUUCGUGUCGAUCCAGUCCCAAGUGUGUGUCGAGAACUGGCCCCUUCGCAACUUGCCGACGUUGUUCAUCUACAAGGACGGGAACCUCGCGACGCAGAUGCUCACGUUGAGCAAGCUCAAAGGCCUCAACACCCGCGUCGAAGAUGUCGAAGAGUACUUGGCAGAACAGGGCGUGUUCAAUGGAUCGGCAUAAUGUCUGCAUAAAUGUACGACAAGUGUGAAUUCAAAUAGGCAUCAAUAUGCCUAAACUAGCAGGCUUCCGACUUAAAUUAGGCACAA